AUGGAGGCGGUUGCCAAGAGUUACUUCAACAGCGGCGACAUGAAGGCGGCGGCGACCUUCUACUGCAACCUGAUGGUCCUGCACCCGCGGUACGUGCGCAUGGCGCGCAUCUGCAGAGUCCUCGCGGAUCCCGCGGCGGUGCCGCAGCCGCACCGCUACGCGGACAUCGUGGAGGCGCUGCUGGACCCCGCCAUCACCCACGAGGCCCUCUUCGGGGGCGCCGCGGACCCCGCGGACGUCAACAAGGCCUUCCAGCGCUGGACGCUCCUGGUGCACCCCGACAAGAACCCCUACCCGCGGGCGGGGGACGCCUUCAAGCGGCUCUUCUCCCUGAAGACGCUCGCUCUGGAGGUGGCCAACGAGGCGAAGGAGAAGGCCGGGCACGCGGGUUCCCCGCACGUCGGCGGGAAACAUGGCGGCGGGGGGCCCGACGGGAGGUCGGAGGACCCCGCAGUGCCAAACCGCCAUGGCGCGAACGCGUCCACCGCCGCCAAGGCCUCGGUGAUAGACGCGACGCUCUCCGAGAUGAAGAAGCGGCAGGUCACGCUCAAGUCGCUGAAGCGAAAGGACAUUGACGACAGUGACCUGCCGAAGUUGCGCACCACCCUCCGCGGCGUGCAGGAGCGCCGCUUCUGUUCGACUCCGCCAACUCCGUUGGCGUCGACGGAGCCGUGCAUGCCGGCGCACUUCCUCUCACCCGACCAAUCCGUCUCCUCCGACGGCUUGCCCGCCCUGCACCUGCACCUGCCGCACCCCGUGGUCGACAGGCAAACCUCGCCGGCGCCGUCGCUGCUCCCAAAGGGCAACACUUUGUUUGGGACAGCGAGCGUGGACGAGGACGCACUACACGGCAGCUCCACCGCCAGCUCUUCGCAGGGUGUGCCGUCAGUCACUGCUGUGACUGAGCAACUAGAGCAAAUAUUAACAGAGGAAGACCCGUUAGGCCAUCAGCAAGCUGCGCAUAACAUAGGGGCAGAGGUGCCGCCAACUACCGAUGUAAAUACAGCGAAUGGAGUAAUUGGGACGCAGGGUACGGGCAGUGGCAUCGUCUGCGCACCAGAAUUGGGAGUUGUUUCUCCGUCACCCCCCACUUCUGUUGCGCACGAAGGUGUGUCAUUCACGGAUGCGGUAAAGGGAAGUAUCGUGGAGUUGAUGCGGGGCAUUCAAGCGGUGAGGAUCAACCGUGCGCCCCUGCGUUUGAACUGUGACCUCACCUUUGCCACGUACGAGCGGGAGCGACUGCGGAAAAUGGAAGCUGAGGUGAAGAAGUCAUUGGCAGAAUGA